GCAUACGCUGCGAGACCGCACGGAGGGGUCGGCGGAUAUGCCCGAAGACCAGAUGCUCGUGAAGAUGAUGGGCUUCAGCGCGUUCGACAGCUCCAAGGGCAAAGACCACAGCGGCAGCGACCUCAGCGACGUGAAGCGCGCAACGAAGCGCCAGUACCGGCAGUACAUGAACCGGCGCGGAGGUUUCAACAGGCCUCUGGAUGCUGCGUUCUGACCGCGCAGCUCGCGGCGCGUGCCUCUGCAUGGGGGGGCGCGGCGGGCGGGAGGGUGAAUGCGGUGCCGCAAGGAGGAGCGAAGGCUUGCGGAGCGUGGUGUGGUGGGGGGAGAGGCGGCGAAGUGAGGCGACCGGCAGCCUCCUCUCGCAGCGAGCUGGCAAGGCCUGCGCCUCUGACCUGCAGCCCAAGGCUGGCACCGAGGUGACGGGCGCCGCUCGAGGAGCGAGGCAGGAGUGCCCGCCUCGCUUGCCCGCGGUUGCGCUGCCCUUGCCCGACUUGAACCUUGCUGCAGCCGGCUAACACUCCUCCUGCCUCUGCCUGGGCCGAGCCCGCGGCACGGGCAGAGCUGCGCGGGCGCGCCUGCUCCUCCGCCGAGCUGGUCGUCAGUGCAGAA